AUGACUCUCCACUCCAAAGUGACUUCAAGGCUUGGCUUUGCGAGUGGCGCAGAUUGUGGCAGACCGCCAGUAACCGUUGGCGGCAUGCUAUCCGCUUCCCUCAAAACUAAAAUUGAUAACCCGCUCAUCAAGACGAGCUUGGAGGUCUGCUGGCACGUCGCCCAGCCCCGGGUGCUCGACCAUGUGACAAUCGUGAAGGUCUUGGGGGGCUACAGUCUCUCUCAACGCGACCUAAUCGACGAGCUUGUGCGCGAGCAUUGGGACGGAUCCACGCUUGCGCAAACGCCGAUGCCGGAAGGCUAUGCACCCACCUCGUCCGGUCCAGUCAGCGCAAGGCCGGCGAGUGAAUACCUGUCGACGAUGAUCCGUCUGAGGGAGGUAGCGACGCGGACGCGGCCGGACAUGCUGUACGGCGUGGCCACGCUCGCGCGAUUUUCGCAGAAGCCGACGGCCGAGAACUGGCGCGGGCUGGCGCACAUGAUCGGGUACUUAGCGCGGACGCGGAAGACAGCCCUGAGGCUGGUGCCGAACGGGACGGCGUCGGCGGCUCUGGAGGGGUACAGCGAUGCGGUGUGGGCGGGGACAAGUGUGCCGUCGAUAGGGGGGACGAUCGUGCGGGUGUACGGGUGUCCGGUGUACGCCGGCUCGCAGCGGCUGCCGGACUACGCGCUGUCGGCGUUCGAUGCGGAGAUGAUGGCGGUGGACGAAACAAUCAAACAGGCCCUCUGGAUCCGCGACCUGCUCAAAUCCCUGCUCGGCGCCAGCCUCACCAUCCGGCUCAACUGCGACACGUCGCCCCGUAAUGUUGGUCAGGUCUCUGUCUACCUCGACAGCUCGAUAUUGAUAUCCGAGCAGAAACCCAGCGAGCUCGACCAGCAGCGAACGGCAGAGAACCCGAGCGGCGAGCGAGCGAGGACUAGCGCGGGCCAUGAACGGCUGGCGGCGGCGAGUGUGGUCGGCAGUCCCGGCCGCCGGGGUCCUUCGGCCGGGCCAGGACAUCAGCGGUGCGUUCCUCGAUCCCCUCCUGCGCCCGAUUGUCUCGCUGAUCGGCCCGGUCCCGCCAGUCCUGCCGCGCACCCGCUUCCUCCAUCCUCGGCAAACACUCCCCUCCAGACUCAGGAUCGGUCGGCCGCCAGUUUGCAUCCGCUGCCCAGCCACCAGCGCCCGUCUGCCGACUCCCAGCGGCCAUCCAAGCGCCCACGAUACUCGCCCCGCUCCAUGCACAGCCCAGACAUCCAUCCCGCCGAACCACCCAACGACGACGACGACGAUGCCCCCAGACACCGAUCCUCUCAUCCAGCCGCACCACCCAAGAACCUCACCCAAGACUUCCACUCGCUCCUCAAGACCUUCUCCGAUGGGCUUCAAGAGAUCGUCCGAUUGCUCUUGCAAAGCCUCAAGGAAAUCGGUUAUCCAGCUGCAGCCAUGACGUUGGAGGUCGAAUCUGGAUUCUCCCUCGACCCCAGUCCAGAGAUCACCUCCUUCCGCCAAAACGUCCUGAAUGGAAAAUGGCGUGAGGUCGACGCACUGCUCCUCAGGGAAUAUCUCAGGUACUCCGACCAAUCAGAUCACGCCCCCAUCAACCCUUCCCCCCUCUCCCCCGUCUUCAACAAACAUGACAGCUGCGACAGUAGGAUCGCCCAAAGUCUCUUCGGCGUCGAUGCCCACGUCCUGAAACUGCUGGAGUCCCGUCAAAUUCGAAAAGCGCUUGUCGUCCUACGAAGUGAGAUUGCGCCCCUGGUCACCCCGCCCAGUCAGAACGGCUCCGCCUCCUCUACCCAGAAGCCGAAAUCGCCCCCAUCGGGGAUCGGCCUGCCGUUCACCAACAAGCUACCAUCCUCCCCAGCGAACGCCGCCCUGGCUGGUUGGUCAACCACCCAGGACGAAGACCCCGGUGUCCAGAGGCUCUGUCUCUUGAGCUCCCUGAUGAUGUGCGGUACUAGUGAGGAGGUCCGUGAGAGGGCCGAAUGGGAUGGAGUGGCCUGCGGCAGUCGAGUGAAACUUUUGGAAGAACUACAAGAAUUGAUACCCCCACAGAAGCUGCUCCCACACCAACGCCUGCCGCAUCUGCUCGAGCAAUCGAAGACGCUCCAACGCCUGCAAUGUUUGUACCAUGUGACAAACCCUCCGAUCUCGCUGUUGUCGAACCACACCUGCAGCCGGUCGGCGUUCCCGACGGAGACCAGCCAUGUGCUGUCCCGACACACCGACGAAGUCUGGCGGAUCGAAUGGUCCCACGACGGCCGGAGACUCGCCUCCGCCGACCGCGCCAAGACAUGCAUCAUUUGGAAGCUGGUCCCCUCCGCCAAAUCCUCGGCUGCCUCCAACGGGGACUCGGCCCGCCACAACACGCGCUCCUCUCGCCUCUCCGGCCCCUCCUCACCCGACAAGAAACCCUCCUCCCGCAGACCCCAUCCUGCCACCCCUCACAGUCCCGUCCUCCUGACGGGCGCCGAUUCGACGAUUACGAUGUGGAACACAACGACGGGGCAAUGUAUCGCGACGAUGGUCAAACAUGCCUACGACGUGGCCGCCUUAUCGUGGCUGCCGGACGGCCGAAGCUUUGUCUCGGGCGGGCUGGAUGCCCUUGUGCUGUUUUGGGACUUGAAAGGACAAAACACUUACAAAUGGCAGGUCGGUCCGACCCGAAUCACCGAUCUGGCGGUCUCUCCAGACGGAAAACGGCUGGUUGUCAUCGGCACCGCGUUGGUCGAUGCCUCCUCGGCCGACCAGCAGCAGGCCCACCAGGACCUCCCCGGCUUCCCGGCUAACGCAUCCGACAGCCCUAGCAGACUCGCCGCUUCCAAUCAUCACGAUCAUCAUCCCCGCGCCCCCAAUGAGCCCGGAUCUUCCAGCACCGAGCACAGGAAACAGAGCCGGAUCCACAUCUUCAACAUUCAUGACAAGACGCAGAUUGGGAUGAUCCCGCUGAGUUCUGAGUUGACGACCUGUGUGUCUAUCUCGGACGACUCGAAAUAUGCGUUGAUCAACCAAGCCCCAAACCAACUUUUAUUGUAUGCGCUGGAAGAGCAGAAGUUGAUCCGUCGAUACGUCGGCCAGAAGCAGAACACACACAUCAUCCAGAGCUGUUUCGGCGGCCUCGACCGCAACUUCAUCUUGAGCGGGAGCGAGGACGGGCAGAUCUAUGUGUGGCACAUGGAGACCGGCGCGCUGAUCGAGGUGCUGGGCGGCCAUGGCCCUGGCUCGGUGAACGCAGUCGCAUGGAACGCGGCGCACCAUCCGCCCAUCUUCGCGAGCGCCUCGGACGACCACUCCGUUUGUCCCCCUUUCCCGCUUCUCUCCCGCUGUGAAUGA